AUGGUUCUCGUCUCGAAGACAUCGAAGAUGCACAACACGUCCCGUCUUCGACCAGCGCUAGAAUGGACCCAGAAUGGACCCAGAGUUUACCGAGUCACUGACCGCAAAAGUCAUUGCCUCAGGCUUGUCAUCGCCAUGUCGCAUGACGAAUCCUGCCAGAGGGACAUGUCAAGGCGCACCGACCGAAUGGCUUGA